GUUUGAUAAUGAUAAAUUGAGGUUUAUUAUGUAAUAAAAAUAAUAACCGCUUUAACAGUAAAAAAAAAUGUUUCUCUUUUUACAUUUUUCAUUAAAUUCAAUUCAUAAAUGGAUAGUUCUUGGACUGAAGUUCAGCAUAUAUGUGAUACCAACCUAAAUAAAGUAUCUCCUGUAUCUGCUGUUUGUUGGGAUCCUUAUCAUGAACUAUUAUGGGUUGGCAAUGAUGCUGGUCGAGUUUGUUCAUAUUAUGGAAAAGGUUUACAAAGAUAUACUUCAUGGAAAGCACAUAAAGACGGACAAGUACGACAGAUUCGUGUAAUUGAUAGAGGUGUUAUUAGUUUAUGUCCAAAUGGUCUUCAAAUGCGUGAUCGUAGAGGUCUUGUUAAAUGGAACUUGAGGUUAGAUUUCAUAAUUAAAUAAUCACAAGCCUUAUCAACGUUUUUUUUUUCUUUUUUUUUUCAAUUAGUAAUGAAUAUACAAAAGAUCU